AUGGCACCCUCAAAGGAGCAGCUCAUGGAGGCCGCCGCUCAGGCACAGCUCGACGUAAACAGCUACCAGGCCAAGACGGGUGCCGCCCGCCGCCAGGGUAACGACGACGCCGGCAUUGAUACCGUCCAGACGGAGAAGCGCUUCCCCGGCGCCUCUGUGAAGGUGCAGGGUGACCACGCUUACAACGUCGCGUACACGCCAGAGCAGCCGGCCAAGGACCCGGCCUACGACGACGACGACGUCGUGCCGGCCAAGAAUGUCUCGCCGCUGGGCGACCCAAACCGCAAGAAGGACAUUCUGCUGCACGGCGAAGCCGCCGUGCGGAACAACGUCGGAACGAACCCCCCGGGCGUCGGCGGCAACAAAUUCCCCGGCUCCGACUACUACAUCCCCGAGGACGUGCCGGACAGCAUCUCUGCCGAGGGCAACAUCCCGCCCGAGAGCGUGACGAAGACUUCUGCCGAGGCGGAACACCCUGAUAAGUUUUGA